AUGGCCACUGGCACCGCGACGACGACCGUCACGGCCACCAGCGCCGUGAAAGUCAGCCCGCAAGGCGGUAUCCUGGAAGGAGGAAACCCAUCCCAUUAUGACCCAAAGAACCCGCUGGUUUUGUUUAUCAUUCAGGCCGUGAUCAUCGUCGUACUCUGUCGAUUGGUCCACUGGCCACUUUCAAAGAUUCGUCAACCUCGAGUCAUUGCAGAGGUCAUCGCCGGUGUCGUUCUAGGUCCCUCAGUGAUGGGCCGUAUUCCAGGUUUCACCGAUGCCAUUUUCCCCACAGCAAGCAUCCCCAGUUUGAAUGUUGUGGCAAACCUCGGACUGGUUCUCUUUCUAUUUCUCGUCGGACUGGAGACAGAUCUCCGGUUCCUGAUGAGUAAUUGGCGCGUGGCUCUGAGUGUUUCAGCGGCAGGUAUGAUUCUGCCCUUCGGCCUGGGGAGUGCCAUUUCCUACGGCCUAUACCGUCACUUCCAUGAUGACCCGUCGACGGUUCCCAUCGAGUUUGGCACAUAUCUGCUCUUCAUUGGCAUUGCGAUGGCAAUCACCGCUUUCCCUGUCUUGUGCCGAAUUUUGACCGAAUUGAAGCUACUGGGUACCCGGGUCGGUGUCAUUGUCCUGUCUGCCGGAGUUGGCAACGAUGUUGUGGGUUGGAUCUUACUCGCUCUUUGUGUCGCUCUUGUAAAUGCGGGGAGCGGAAUCACCGCCCUUUGGGUCUUGCUGGUAUGUGCAGGAUACAUGAUGUUCUUGUUCCUUGUCUUCAAGCCGAUUUUCUAUCGUUUCCUUGUGCGUACAGGAAGCUUGCAAAAUGGGCCCAGCCAAUCAGUGGUCACACUCACCUUGCUUAUUGUCCUCGCAUCUGCAUUUUUUACGCAAGUCAUUGGUGUUCACGCCAUUUUUGGUGCUUUCGUCAUUGGGCUGAUCUGCCCCCAUGAAGGUGGAUUUGCGAUCGCAUUGAUGGAGAAGAUUGAAGACCUCGUUGCAGCUCUUUUCCUACCCCUCUACUUCACGCUCUCCGGGCUAAGCACAAACUUGGGGCUCCUGGAUAGCGCUCUUGUGUGGGGCUAUGUGGUUGGUGUGAUUGCCAUCGCCUUCAUCGCAAAGGUGGCUGGUGGCGCGCUUGCUUCUCGCUGGUGCGGGCUGCUCUGGCGGGAGAGUUUUUCAAUUGGCGUUUUGAUGAGCUGCAAAGGUCUGGUUGAACUUAUUGUGCUGAAUAUCGGCUUGCAAGCCAAGAUCUUGAGUACGCGCACGUUUACCAUCUUUGUGGUAAUGGCUUUAGUCACGACAUUUAUUACCACUCCUCUUACUUCAGUCCUCUACCCAUCCUGGUACCAAGUCAAGGUCGAUAGAUGGCGGCGCGGCGAGAUUGAUUGGGACGGUAACCUAGUCCAGCAGGAUCACCGCUCCGAUAGCGUUUCAGCAGUGAAGGAUCAGCUCAAGAACGUUCCUGUGCGAAAGCUUCUGGUUUAUCUUCGUCUGGAUGGUUUGUCUGGGAUUUGUACCUUGGCGGCUCUCUUGAGCCGCAACCGCCGGAGAGCAGUUGCAUCGCCCCAGGCACACCCGUCAAAGAAGAUGAAGGUGACUGAUCGAUCCACGGAAGACGCAUUUACUGCGAAAGAUGAACAGGGAACAACCCUUCGCGUGCAUGGUGUGCGACUCAUCGGACUAACAGAUCGUGACUCGAGUGUCAUGAAAGUUUCUGCCGGAGAACAGGCCAUGUGGGACCCAGUUGUGAACACGUUCCGUGCCUUUGGCGAAUGGCAAGAUGUCUCUCUUAAUGCGGGUGUGUCGGUGGUGCCUGAACACUCGUAUGCCGAAACUAUUAUCAACAUGGCCCAUCAAGACACAGCAGAUCUUCUUCUUCUGCCAUGGGGCGAGAGCGGUACAUUGACGGACCGCCAAAAUGGUCUCCAGGUGGACAAUACAAGCCGAUUUGCCAAUGGCCCCUACACUGAUUUUGUGCGCAAGAUUCUCGAGCGGAUUUCACACAAUGUUGGUAUUCUUGUGGAGCAAAACCCCGAGCCUCGCUCCAUUAAGCGGCCACUCACUCAGCAUUCGACCGGUGACUUGAGCAUUAAUUCAUUUUUGUCUCAUCCAGCCUCGGAGACCGGUGCUCGCCAUGUGGUCUUCCCAUUCUUUGGUGGCGACGAUGACUGCCUUGCCUUGAGGUUCGUUCUGCAAAUGGCACAGAAUGAUCAGGUCACUGCCACAAUCAUCCGGCUUGCUGGGCUGGAACAGAAUAUGCAAAACACCGGACCCUCGACAGGUACCGCCCCAUGUGGUGCGUCUUCAAGCACAUCAAGUACCCAGGCGGAUAUUAUCUUCUUUGAGACCAUGCGUGAAUCUCUACCACGAGACUUGCAGGAUCGCGUCAUAUUUCAACAGGCUGGUGCGGAUGAGACGAUCAAAAAUUCGAUUGACUUAGCUCUAGCAGCGGUGAAGCAAGAUUUAGAGCAAGCCGUCAACGGGUGCAGCACCAUAGUGGUCGUGGGACGACGUAUUGGUCAUAAGGACACUCGCCCUGCCGUUGACCUGGGCCUUCAAAGCAUCGGCACCGAAACACAGCAGGCCCUUGGACCUGUUGCUUCGGCAAUACUACAAGCAGAGAAUAUGGUAUCGACUAGCUUGUUGGUGUUUCAGGCUGGUGUUAGCUCAGACUUAGCUGAUAACUAUCGGUGA